UUCCUGGAGGUGGUUUAGAGCCAUUUAGGCGAGUUUACUGGCGGUUUGCUUCCCCUAAAGAGAAACGAAAGGCGGGCGACCCACUGGUCCGACGGCCCGCAGUCAAAGCUUCGUAAAUUCCACAAAAAUGGUCUAAUCUAAUCAAAAUUGCCUCAUGGCAGCCGUCGAUGUCGAAGGUAACAGCAUAAUGUCACGUGUUAAUCGUAUUCAACGUCUGGGCCGCCUGUGCUCCAUAGCUGAAAAAAAAAAUUAUUAUUUUACCUGACAUCCAGGUGUAUCAUUAAAGCCAGCAAGCCAGCAAAGAAAUACCAUAAAGAAAUACCGUAGAUCCGAUCCGAUUCGUUGCCUUGCCGUGAUAAAACUGGCCCGCCCUUCCUUCGCAUAUAAAAAACAGUUUCAGCCAAAGCUACUUAUGUUACACGUAUCGCGCCGAACUUGCAUAUCAAUGAAAUACUUCUGCUCACGUUCCUUUGCUGCACCCGAAUGUAACCUUGAGAUUUUAUGGUGACGUCACCAAACUUUCUGCCAAAAGCAGCUAAAAGCGGAUCUUUCCACGCGCUGGGACAUCUCUAGCUCAUUUCUCCUACUAUCAGACAACUGUCCGUUAUAACAGUCAGAGUUACUGGGCUGCGUUAACCUUUGGAGGAAGAUGAGUGAUCUUGGAAAUCCAGUUGCGGAUGACAGAGUAGAAUUGGUCGACGACGAACAAGUUGGCAUAAAAUAUCGGCUUCGUAAAUGCGGGAAAUGUCGUUUGAUCGUCAUUUCCCUCGUUAUACUCUGUGUAAUCGGUGCAGCUGUCGCUCUUGCGGUUAUCCUUACCAGAGAACCACUCAUUUGUGAGACGAAGGAGUGUUACAAUAUCUCUAAAGUCAUUUCCAAUCAGCUGGACAAAGAUGUGGAUCCUUGUGAGGACUUUUAUUCCUACGCAUGCGGAGGGUUUUUCAAAACCCAUCAUCUCAGUGUGAAUCAGAGUAGUGUUGUUGGCUUCACUAUCGUGAACGACGACAACAUGGAGGUUUUACGACAAGCUAUGGAGACUGCUGCCUCUAACUAUUCUCAGAGCUCGUCGAUCGUGAAAACGGCCAAGAUCUACGAUACAUGCGUAGAUACUGCUGCCAUUGAGCGUCGAGGUAUUUCACCCUUGGAAAACUUGAUAAAGCAGUAUGGCGGCUGGACAGUGACUGGGGAUAUAAUGAACAGGUCGUGGACAGUGGCAGAGAAAAUGGGAGCCGUUCUAAGAGACUUGAAUGUACAGACUUUGCUUUCGGUGUCCGUUGCUAUAGACCUACAGGAUUCAAGCCAACAUAUUCUAAGCAUUGGCAUUUCUUCGUUAGGAAUGAGCUACGAGUACUAUUACGAAGACUCCAGUCAAGGCGAGCAGAUCCGCGAGGCGUACAAAACAUACAUGAAAACCAUCGCUCGGCUUCUUGGAGGAGGAGGGUGGUACUCUGAGCAACAGAUGAUGCACAUAUACGACUUUGAAUGGGCUAUUGCUGAGGCUGCUAAUCCUAACAAAGUUUCAGAUGAUUUGAUAGAAUCAUUCAGGGAUGAUUUCCGAGCAGGUCGAUCAGUCAACUCAGGGGGCAAAACAUUGGAAGACUUUUGCAGGGACUCAAACUUCGAUCUAGAAGUCAUGGUCAAGUUCCUGAAUACUGCAUUUUCCGACCAGGGGAGAGUCUUCUCUUCGUUUAAUACAGUUUAUUAUCCAUCAUCAGACGCAUACCUCCAGUUUUUCAAAGCUAUUGGCAAGCAAUACCAUAACAAAUCCGCAGCUAAUAUCAACGACUACAUAAUGUGGCGUGUUAUCGACAACUACGUUAUGUCAAUGCCUUCUCAGUUUGUCCAGGCUAAGCGACAAUUCCAGGAGACGAUAAUUGGAGUGCGAGAAUAUAAAAGGUGGUCUCACUGUCUGGAGAGCAUGAUGGAACCGAUGGGCAUGACUUUAGGAAGAUUGUAUGUGGAUGCGAAUUUUGACGAAUCUACAAAAACAACGGUAAAAGACAUGACUUCCCGUCUUCGCACAGCUUUUAUUGAUAACUUGAAGUCUGCAGACUGGAUGGAUUACGAUACAAAACAAGCCGCUAAGGAAAAGGCCCAAGCAAUCAAAGAAGAUAUCGGGUAUCCCCCUUACAUCAAAAAUGACACCAAACUUGACGCGCAAUACUCAAUGCUGGUUGCAAGGAACGACUAUUUUGCAAACGAAGUGGCAAUGAACAAGAUGAUUAUACAAAAGAAUUUUGUAAUGCUUGACCAGCCGGUCAACAAAGACUUGUGGAUGGAAAGUCCUGCGGAAGUCAAUGGAUAUUACAGUCCACAGCAAAACCGAAUAGUAUUUUUGGCUGGAAUCCUGCAAUCUCCAUUUUACAGAAAACUUUACCCAAAAUAUCUCAACUAUGGAUCAUUGGCAAUGGUCAUUGGUCACGAAAUUACACACGGAUUUGACAGCCAAGGACGAACGUUUGAUGCAAAUGGUAAUGCGAAAGAUUGGUGGUCUUAUAGUUCGGAGCAGAAUUUCGAGACAAAAGCUGAUUGCCUGGUUAAUCAAUACAACAACUACGAAGUGUUUGGAGAGUAUAUAAAUGGCCAACAAACUUUAAAUGAAAACAUAGCUGAUAAUGGAGGGAUAAAGCUUGCAUAUGAUGCAUAUCAGUCUUGGGUCGACGACAACAAAAAAGAGGGGCGGUUACCUAACCUGGAUUUGAGUGUGGAUCAACUUUUCUUCAUUGGAUUUGCUACGCCAUGGUGUAGUGUCUACAAGAAGCAAGCUGCUCUUUACCAGUUGAAGACUGACGUACAUUCGUACCCAAAAUACAGGGUGCUUGGUCCGCUAUCCAACUUUAAGAAAUUUGCAGACGCGUACAGUUGUAAGCGUGGGAGUAAAAUGAACCGUCGUUUCAAGUGUUCCGUGUGGUAAUUACGGGCUAGCUUCUUCAGUUUUGCUCGUGUAAUGUAGUAGUAGUAGUAGUUGGACCGAGUGGAGUACCAUUCAGGGAGUACAUCGGACGAGCGCGGAGCGUGAGGCCGAUUUGAAGUUACGAGCACCAUUACUCUCUGUGUUGUACGACACGAGGUACAAUUACUAAUUUAUCGCAUCAAUAACAAAUUUCGAGAUAAAAAAGCGAAAAAGUCAGUAGUACUUUUCAUAAGUUUUUUAAAACUUAAGAGAACAUUUACAGUGAAGCCAUUAAAGCUCACGUAAUGGGCGUGC